ACCUCCAGCCGAAGUUUCACCUACUCAUUUUCACGCCAAAAGCGGCUUACAGGUACGCUGGAGAAUUAGGCCUUUCCCAAAAUCACUCUCUCGGAUCCCAUUCUUUAUCUUUUGAACAAUUCCUCUCCAUCUCUCUUUAUCAAGCGCUACCAGUUACGGUACUUAGGGUUUGGCUUUUCCCCUUUUGGAAUUUGCGCGGCUCACUGGAACGCGUCUUUCUCUGCAACCUAUGGAGUCUACUCUGGUGAUCAAGGUUAGGUAUGGUGACACUCUUAGGCGUUUCAAUGCUCAUGUUAAUGAGAGUGGACAACUUGAUCUCAACUUGAGUGGGCUAAGGGCAAAAAUCCUUGGUCUCUUUAAUUUCCCUCUUAAUGCUGAUCUUACUCUGACUUAUGUUGAUGAAGAUGGCGAUGUUGUGACACUUGUUGAUGAUGAUGAUCUACUUGAUGUGAUGAAACAAAGCCUGAAAUUUCUGAGGGUUAAUGUACAGCUCAACAAUGAUAAACAUGGUAAAUCUUAUGCUAAAUCCAGUGGUAGUUCGACUCCCAUGAGAUCUCCUCGAGUUCAGAAUCCAUUGUCAAACAUCAACAUUUGUGCUGCUGAUAUGCUGAAAUCUGUGCCUGAGCCAUUUCGUGAGUCUCUAUCUGAGCUUCUUUCAAGGCUAUCCCUUGACUUGACUUCAAAAAUUGUUGCUCCCAAUCCUGUGAUUGCUGAGGUUGUUGACUGCUUUUCAAAAAUGGGGCAAACCAUCUUGAGUCCAUCCCAGCAUUCUGGAGUCAAUGCAAGUUCAAGCACCCAAACAGGGGCUACAGAACACCCAAUGCCUUCAGCAGUACCUGCGGAGACAAGUGCUAUGAAUGAUGAACCUAGUCUAGAGGUGAGGAUUGCAAAUGUAACUAGAGGUGUGGGUGUGCCUGUCAAUUCUGUGCUUGCUCCUGUUGAUUUGAAUCUGGAUCCUCCUUGUGAUUCCAAUCCAUCUGGAUGCGCUAAUGUCAACUCUGCACCAACACCUCAUGUUGAUGACAGGAAAGAAACAAAGAAGCAGAAUGCUGGUCAGCCAAGUGAGAAGUGUUUUGGUGUUGGUGCAUCCUCUAGCUCCACUGCCUCAGCUUUGCCAAGUUCACUUGGUACUGAAUGUCCAUUUAGUGGAAUACCUGUGGUAAAUGACUUAUCUAUUCCUCCUUUUAUAGUGCCUCAAAUGAGCUCGUCUAGAAGGAGUAAUGGUCGCAAUGAUUCCAUGGUUGGCAUGUUCCAUAGAGGUGUCCAGUGUGAUGGUUGUGGUGUUCAUCCCAUCACUGGACCUCGGUACAAGUCCAAAGUAAGAGAGGAUUACGAUCUCUGCAGCAUCUGCUUUAUAGAAAUGGGUAACGAAUAUGAUUAUAUCAAGAUGGACAGGCCAGUGUAUUAUAGGCAUCCACGCUCAUUCAAGGGGUUACACGAUCAUUCACAGAAUUACUGGGUUGGGCCCCCUCCACUAUCACCUGUCAUGAGACAUUGCGGAGUAAAGCCGGCUCGAGCCAAGUUGGACAGCCGCUUCAUUUUGGAUGUGAAUUUAUUGGAUGGUACAAUGAUGGCUUCAUCAACUCCUUUUACCAAGAUUUGGCGGAUGCGCAAUAGUGGCAGCAUUGUGUGGCCUCAGGGAUCACGGCUUGUGUGGAUUGGGGGAGACAGAUUCAGCCAUGCAGAUUCUGCUGACUUGGAGAUUCCUGCUGAUGGUGUGCCUGUGGAUGGGGAACUUGACAUUGCAGUUGAUUUUACCUCUCCUGAGUUACCUGGUCGAUAUAUUUCAUACUGGAGGAUGGCAUCCCCAUCAGGCACAAAAUUUGGGCAACGUGUCUGGGUUCUUAUCCAGGUUGAUGCUUCCGUGAAAGACUCGCUUAAUGGAGUUAGAGGUUUGAACUUGAAUUUGCUCCCUGAUUGCAGUGGCUCCAAAAGCCCUCAAAUAAUAGAUGUGAAUCUGCAGCCUGUAAUGGAUAGUGGUUUUCUAGAGCCUUGCAAUUCUACUUCAGUGCCAGUGCCCACAGUUGAUGUUGAGCAGCCUAAGGAACAGGAGCUGAAUUUCCCUAUAAAUGAUACAUUGUUAGUUGGUGAUGGUGUUUCCAGUUCUGCUUCUAAUCAGGCUCCUUCCUCUGUGUCAUAUCCUAUCAUAGACUUGCGUGACAUGGCCCCUGUUGUGCCCUCAGAAGCCCUUCCUGCUAUGGAUGUCCCAUCGUCAUCUGAUGAUGUCACUGUAAAAGAUGCUGUUGAGAAGUCUCUUCUUAAGGAACUUGAGGAGAUGGGCUUCAAGCAGAUUGAUUUGAACAAGGAGAUCUUGAGGAUGAACGAGUACAACUUAGAACAGUCGGUGGAUGAUCUCUGUGGCGUUUCUGAUUGGGAUCCAAUUCUUGAAGAGUUACAGGAGAUGGGCUUCUCUGACAAGGAAAUGAAUAGGAGGCUGCUGAAGAAGAAUAAUGGGAGCAUCAAGCGUGUUGUGAUGGAUCUCCUUACUGGGGAGAAAGCUUAAUCGGAUACACCUAACAUCGAGGUAGAUAUAGUAAUUGCUAUAAAAAAUAAAUACAGUUAUAAUUACGUAGAUGUGACUUGUUAUCUGCUCAGGCGGGUUCUGUAAAAAUUGCUCAGAAUGAAGGGCUAUUAGACCUUUUACUGAUGGAUGGAAUUCUCUAUGAACAUAUCUAUGCUGUGCAGAAUGUGGAUAAAUAAUAGAACUUGUUUAGUUA